CGUUUCGGUCGUGAGAGUGGAAAAAAACCGUUCUUGAAAGUUUCUUAUUUUGUACGUUUGUUUUGAAUUCAUGCUGUCUCGUGAAAGGUGUGGAUAAAAGAGCGCGCGCAAAAUACGAAAUGGUGUCGCGUUUUCGAUUUUAUUUUUUGCACGCCAUAAACACUACCCGAAGUGGAAGCAAAAAAUCAAAACAGUGAAGUGGCUGUUAUGGGUACAUAAAAGUGGGUGCAUGUUUUGGUGAAUUUCCCGAGGAAUUAAGCAUAGUGGAGCACAGGGUUGGGGUUGGGGUUCGAAACCCACUGGGGCCGAUAACCGCCAAUGGCAGUUUUGUUAUACGUUGUGCCAUGGUUUGGUAUCCUUAUUAUCAGCAACAUAGAACGCGAACGAACUGAAUUCUUUGCCAACCAGCCGUUGGCUCGAACGGCGUGGGAAAAUCGCAGUCCGCGCGAAGCCGUGAAAGCGUUCGGAAGGUGUUUUCUUGAUCGUGCAAACGAGCGGCGACCAGUAGUGGUAGCAGGGCCAUAAUGAGUGCCGGAAAAUUGACGUGCAUCGCGCGAAGGGCUUUGAUGACUAGUUGAAGGAUGAAAUUUAGCCUUCAGGUGUUUCCUGUCCGCAGCUCGAUGUCAGUGGGGUGUGCUUGCGAGAACAUAUGAUAUUGCAGGGUUGUAAACUUGUUCGUGUGAAGGACUGGUGUGGUGGAGCUGUAAUUACUUACCAGAGAAAGAGUUUGAUGUAUGGCAUGGAUACGGAUUCAGCGAAUGAAGGUUUUGGAAUGCUGUAUGGUGAAAGUGUUUGAAUGUGUUUUUGGGAAUAGAAAUACCGUAUACUGGUUAUGUUGAUGCAUAUUGUUUAAACAUAUUGUUGAUCAGUAAACAGACUCCAAUCCCGUCAUGGAAAACAUCCCGUUGAAGAGUAAUCGCAAGGUCCGCUUCUCGCUACCCGAGAAUAACAUUCCCGUGACCGUAACACAACAGAAGCAACGAAUGACCCACGGAACGCUGCAGUACGUGAAUGGAACUUUGGUCAGUCAACCCGCAACACCCGGGUCUAGUCCAUUAGCGGGAAACGACCUGAAUCGACCGCAGCAGCCACAAAUUUUUUCUCGCCAGCCCAAAUCUAAGGACCCCAGUACGAAGAUCGUGCUCCACUUGAGGCCUUCGACUGGGGUGGACAAAAUAGAGAAUAUGGAUAUUACGCCCAGACCACCGGGUGCCACAUUAGAAAAACCGGUUAAGAAAGGGAUUAAAAUGCCACGGUCGGAGACUAGAACAUUCAGGACGCUUCCACAAAUCAAUCAGAAAUACCCAAGUACGGACGAUGUGAACACUAUGGGUAGCUCUGGGCGUGAUUCUUGUCAUAGACACAAAACGAGUGACGAUUUGGGAAUAGGUAAUGGAACGGAUGCAAAUAAUAACAUCCAGCCAGUGAGAAAACAUACCGUUAUGCUAAGAUCAAUCUCGAAUGUAAGCUCCAAUGGAGUAGCCAAGCCUUUAUCUGGAAGGCCCAGAACGAAAUCGGUGGGUAGAACAGGUGCCACCCGGGCAGGGAAGCCCUUGAUUAGUUCCCACCUGCAAAGUCAGGAGAGCAACAUAACUAUCAAAGUGCAAGAAAGUUCUCCAGCGCGGCGAGCUCUGGCAGCAGACAAUGCCGAGCUGGAGGUUACCCGACGCCACAGUGAAUCAGUGGACGGCAGUGAUGCGGCAGCCAACGGGAGGCCAAAGUCCCAGUAUGCCAAAUGUAAUUUCCUAACGGUGCCAGAGUUCAGCGAUCGGUACGAAGGCAUGGAAACGGUUGUUUCUGCGUCGACGGCUACCGGCGAUGACGAGGAGGAGGAAGAGGAAGAAGUCGAGGGUGGGGCUGAGCACCUGGCCGAAAAUGUUAUCAAUGGUGUAGAAAGUGUUGAAACGGUGAAAAAUGACAACGGUCGUGGAUCGAAGCGCAGUGGAAAUGGAAACGGAAAUGCAGGAGCAAUCAGGAAUGAUAGCGAACCGAAAGCUCCCCUGCUGCUGAACGACACGGGCUUCAAGUGUAUCCAGGACACCAACCUGGGGCGGGAUAAAAACUCGCUGCAGUUUUGGGACUUCGUCGAUCGGUGGCGUUCGAGUCGGGCACUGAAAAAGUUCGACAGCAGCUUUCUGAACGGCAGCGGAACCGGUGGCGGAAACAACGGCAGCAGCCUAAAUGGAUACGCGAACGGAUUGGAUCCGCCAGUGCAGAUUGGCGGUUCGGGCAAAUCGGACGUGAAAAGUCCAACCCUCAGCUCCCGCAUUCGAGCGCUAAGGACGAGCAUGGAACAGGUCCCCACGGUGACGACGCUGCUGAGGGCGUCCCGCGAUGCCAACGAGUACCUGCUGAAAGAGGUAUUCCGGGACAUCCUGGAGAAUGGCAUCUCCCGAGAGAAUCUCAACUCGACAGAUCGCAGCGGAAGGACAGCAAUUUCAUACAUCUGCUCGACCAACUUGACAAAUUUUUUGGAACUGUUCCUCCAGCUGCCCGGAAUCGAUGUGAACAAACCGGAUAACGAGGGCAACACACCGCUGCACUUCGCCGCCCAGGCUGGAUUAUCCGAUAUCGUCAACAUGCUGAUAACUAAAUGCCGUAGUUUGGUAAUUGACCCCAAAAACAACUUAGGUUUCACACCACUGAUGAAAGCAGCCCUCCAGGGGAGGACCCGUUGUGCCAAGCUGUUGCUAUUCGCUGGGGCAUCCCCAGUGGAGACCGAUACCGGGAGAGGAUUUAGGGCGGAACAAUGGGCCCGAUUUUGCGGAAGACAUACUUGCGCCGAAACGAUAGAGCAAUGUGCUAGAGCUCGGCUUCUGGAUAAGUCCACGCCGUUCGGAAAGUGGUCCCACGAUCUUCCGACUGAUAAGAGUGCUCUCAAAACACCCCGAAGCAACAGUAUCACAUCACAGUCAACCACUCAGAAUGGCCUUCGGUCCAAAUUCCGCAAAGUUUUCCCCUUCAACUUCUCCUCAAAAGACAAGCAGAUUGCAAAGGAAGUGGAUGAAAACUAUACCAAAGAUCUGGUGAACUAUCUCAAGUCGGCCACAAUUUGCGUCAGUGGACCUGCGUUGUCUGCCAAUAGGAAAAUCAUUCAGAGCCUUAUCCGACCGUUAGAAGUGCCAAAACUAGAAGUAACCUACGCCAACAACAACGCGCUUAUCAAAAAGUACGAAGCGGCUGACUUCAGCGGAAACGGAACCAGCGACCAUAAGGAUGUCCACGAUGGAUCGAUUGACAGUCGACAUUCGGCGCCCCAGCAUCCGCCGCCCGCACCGGUAACACGAGGAAUGGUCAAAUUCUAGCUGAUUCCAAACAUACGUGAAAUAUAUUCUAUUUCGUUAACACUACAUCGAUCGAAGUCGUAGUCAUAUUAGUCGAUAGAUUCUACUCUUUGAAAACAUCAUCAGCAUACUUUUAGCUGACUUCGAGAGAGGGAGACAUAAAAGAAGUGCAUUAAAUAGGAUAAAUGUUUUUUGUAUGUCUAAUAUUAUUCUAGAAUUAUGUAUAAACGUCCUCCUUUUUUUCGGAACCUGUAUUUUAGCAUAAUAAACCAGUUACGAAUAGACUGUAAAUGAAAACAUAUUCUUGAUGAAGACUAUUUACUAAAUGUUUUCGAGAAUCUCUUAUACGAUAGUGAUUGUAGUUCUUAGACUAAAUUUUCUAAUAAAGCAUUAGUUAUCACUCUUAUUGUACUUUGUUCGACGCAACAUAUUUCGAAAUAAAUUGUGAAUACUAAAUGGGCAUUAUCUAUGGUGA